AUGUCUUCGACAUCCAGGAUACCUAUGAGCGAGCUCAACGCUGCCGCCCUUGAGCAUUUUGUUUAUAAGCCAGUAAGCCCGGCUAUGAUUGCAUACUUAGCACGAGCUGCCCGCGAUGUUAUACAAUGCGAUCCCACAAUGAUGCCCCCGCCGGCACAGAAGUCGCAAUAUCCCACACCACCCAGGACACCUUCUCCCAAGGCUAUUCGAUGUGAAGACAACAGCUUACCGACGUUGGAGGAGUUUAUCACACAGCUAGUCCGUUCUUCUAACGUGCAAGUCCCAACACUUAUGUCUACGUUGGUAUACUUGAACCGAUUAAAGUCUAGACUACAGCCUAUGGCAAAGGGUCUACGAUGCACUACUCACCGAAUCUUCUUGGCUGCUCUCAUCCUCUCUGCCAAGUACCUCAAUGACAGCUCACCUAAAAACAAGCACUGGGCUAACUACAGUCGUAUGACCAUUGAUGGUUUCAGCUUUGGAUUCAGCAGAACGGAGGUUAACCUAAUGGAGAAGCAACUACUAUUUUUGUUGGAGUGGGAGCUAAGGAUUACUGAGGAGGAUCUCUAUCGCGAGCUAGACCCUUUCCUAGCGCCUAUCCGCGACCAAAUCGAGGCUACUCACGCCCGUCGCAUGCAGCGCAAGGAGAAUCUCCGAAGGAGACAAGAGGCCGAGGCUUGGGCUGCUACGCAGUUCCCCUCGCCGCCUAGCUCGCGUGACAGCUCGCGCUCGCGGACAAGGCAGCCUGUGCCGCAACCGCAGCAGACGCCGCCUUACGAGACUAUCCGCAUGGUGCAAGACGUAUCGACACCUCCGGGAUUGGUAUACAGCUCUUCUGCUAGUAGCAGCGGUAGCUCUUAUGCCUCGUCUGUUUCGUCUCGACAACACUCGAGAUCGUCGACGCCGCUCUCGGACCCGGAGGAUAGCUACGUCUAUGCAGCCUACGGUGAUGGCUCCCUCCACGACUCUCCGGUCGAGGUUGUUCUUGAUAUGCCUCAGCCUAGCAAAGGUUCUGUAUACCGCAGCGAGGCUACCAAGCAACUACUCCCGUAUGAGAUUAGCGCAGACGAGCUCCGCUCAAUGCAAGACGGUAAUGCUAAAGCGAAGCGCGUAAAAACUUCCAAAUGCGUGUGGGGCCGUAUGUUCGGAGCCGCGCGAUGA